AGAGAGAGAGAGAGAGAGAGAGAGAGCGCUCUGAAGCUUUUGGCAUUGCGUGCCUCUCUCUAAAACGAAAGCGAACCUGUAUCUUUAACGCUCACUUUCAGACACACUCUCUCUGUUUAUGUUUCUCUUUCUAUGUAUUUCUAAGCUGUGGAUCUAAGAUUGUGAAAAGGGUUCAGUAGCAACCUUAAUAAAUUUGGGCCAUACAAGAAAAGCAGUAUAGGAUGCUACAAAAAUACAGCUUCAUUUGUUAGAAUUUCAGCCAAUGGACUAUAGUUCAACUGUCACUUCUCUCAUAAUAAUUGGUUGGAGGGUGAGGUCGUGGGUUCAAGACCAAUUAGAUGAAGCCUGCAGUAACACAAUGAUUUCCUUUUAGUAGAUGAUGGACUUUUUCUGAUCAUACUCCACUUGGAAAAAGCUGGAUAAAUAUUCUGGCCAAGGGAUCUGCAAUUGUUGUAGUGUAUAAGCAGAGAUGAAAGCUGGCAACAAUCAUAGGUUGAAGGGAAGAAGUCUUUCUCUCACACUGGUUGUUCUCAUCGUUACAACCAUAGCACUUUGGGCUUGGGAAAAAAAUCCUUUUGCUAAUACUCUACUGUUGGCCCAAGAGUGGUAUAUAGCGCCUUCUUCAGAGUUUCAUGUGGAUGCCCGAAAUGAUUCUGUAGUAUCCAUGAAGCCAACAGAGAAAAUUGUGGUAAAUAUUUCAGAUUCCAUCAUAACAAAAGCAGAAGAAAACUUCGGUACUGCACCAGUAGACUCUAUAUCCGCACUCUCUCCUGAAACGAUAGACAGAAAUGAGGAUAUGACAUCCUCCUCAGAAACUAAAGUCUGCAACUAUGCCAAGGGUAGAUGGGUUGCUGACAGUCGAAGGCCAUUGUAUUCUGGUUUAGGAUGUAAGAAGUGGUUAUCAGCGAUGUGGGCAUGUAGAUUAACACAGCGAAAAGAUUUUUCUUAUGAGGGAUAUCGGUGGCAGCCAGAAAGUUGUGAAAUGCCAGAGUUUGAGCGGUCUGCAUUCUUGAGAAGAAUGCAGGACAAAACAAUUGCAUUUAUAGGAGAUUCAUUAGGCAGGCAGCAGUUCCAGUCUUUGAUGUGUAUGGCCACCGGUGGGGAAGAGAGCCCAGAAGUUCAAAAUGUGGGAAAAAAAUAUGGUCUUGUCAAAGCUCGUGGAGCCAUACGUCCUGAUGGCUGGGCUUACUGGUUCCCGAAAACCAAUACCACCAUUUUAUAUUACUGGUCAGCAAGUCUGAGUGAUCUAGUGCCCCUUAACACCUCAGACCGAAACACCAAUGUGGCUAUGCAUUUGGACCGUCCACCAGCUUUCAUGAGACGAUACAUCCAUUGUUUUGAUGUGUUGAUUCUUAAUACAGGGCACCACUGGAACAGGGGGAAGCUUAAUGCAAAUCGAUGGGUGAUGUAUGUGGAUGGAAAGCCCAAUGAAGAUAAAAAACGUAAUGAAAUUGGGAAUGCCAAGAAUUUUACGGUGCAUAGCAUCGUCAGAUGGCUUGAUUCUCAUCUUCCCUCUUAUCCCCAUCUCAAAGUUUUCUUUAGGACUAUCUCACCGAGGCAUUUCUUUAAUGGAGACUGGAACACCGGGGGUACCUGUGAUAAUACCACUCCCUUGUCCGGAGGAAGUGAAGUUAUGCAAGAUAGAUCAAGUGAUCCAGUUAUUGAGGGUGCUGUAAAGGGUACAAAAGUAAAGAUUUUGGAUAUUACUUCUAUUUCUAAACUGAGGGAUGAGGGUCACAUCUCCCGCUACAGUAUUAGAGGAACAACUGAUGUAAAUGAUUGCUUACAUUGGUGCCUACCCGGCAUUCCUGACACAUGGAAUGAGCUCCUUGUUGCACAAAUAUAGGCUCAGCCAUGCCGAGUAUGCAUCGACAAAGACAAAUUGAAUCAUCUAUUCUUUAUGGUCUAAGAAGACCAUUUUUCUUCAUAAUUAAAAUAAAAAAAAAAUUUAAUUCAGCUUU